UUAUUCAAUUCAUGAUCUCCGAAGAUGAGAUUGCCAACUAUGAAGACUUUCGAGAUUGUGUGUCCGAACUGUUGAUCUCAAGGCUCUCGGGCACUGCAGACAAAAAGAAGAAGANNAAAGCUACCAAGGGCCGCAAGAAUGAGAUCAAGCCUGUGAGCAGGCCAGAGCAAGAUCCAGAGGACAACGAUGCCCUGGUUGCUGACCUGGGUGAGACGAUAGAGUUAUUCCCUUCAUUGCCUGAUGAUCUGCGGACUCUGUCAUACAGUGACGUCCAGAAUGAUGCUCAGUUGGCUGAAAAGUACAGCGUGCCUCUGGACUCGGAUGUAUACGAAGACCUACUACAACCUUUGCCACUAUCCGUGUCAGAUUCAUUGACCUCUUAUGGUCUACUCUCUGAUCCCACGGACCUACCACGAUUACUGGAACCUGUCUUCACAUCGUACAUCACAAGCAGAACCACUGCACCACCAGAAUUUGCUCCUUCCAGUCGAGCCACCGAGUGUGAGAUUUGCGAGAGAGAACAUCUUCCUCUCACUUACCAUCACCUGAUCCCGAGGGCUGUGCAUGCAAAGGUUGUCAAGCGUGGCUGGCAUGCUAGCUGGGAGUUGAACAAGGUUGCUUGGCUAUGCAGGGCUUGCCACAGCUUUGUGCAUCGACUUGCAACCAAUGAAGAAUUGGCCAAGGAAUGGUAUAGCAUUGAGUUGCUAUUGGAAAGAGACGAUGUUCAGAAGUGGGCAGUCUGGGUCAGCAAGGUACGAUGGAAAGCCAAG